CUUGGGGAGGGUUUAGGGAGGGUUUGGGGAGGAGGAGCUGCCCAGACGAUGGAUCAGGGCAGGGGGCACGGCUCCUGGAGGACACUGAAAAGUCACAGCAUUCCCGGGGAGCAGGAUGAAAACUCGAGACUCGUAGGAGGGCCCUGGGAUAGGGAGGGGACUUCCCAGAGCUCGGCCCAGGUCUCCUACACACUUUUUGGGGGCCCCACACACCAUCACCAGCUGUUGAGUCCAAGAGAGUCCUGGACGUUGCCUGCUCAGUCCAAGUAGGGUCAGGACCACCCCUGGCCCAGGGGCAGCUGAGUCAGACAACAAGACCCUGAAACCACAGGCCAGGCCAGGCCUACACAUCUGGCCACCAGCACCCAGAUUUAAAGAAACCUGAUUCACUAAGAAGACUGGAAACCAUUCCCCUCACCCCCAGGGGCAUGAAUAUUUAAUGUCCAACAGGAAAGUCAAAUCCCCUCAGCCUGGGCCUUCACCCUUGAGGCAGCUCCUUGUGUAGUUCCAAACCUCUUUGUCCAAGAGCUUCACUACAAAAAAAAAAAAAAAGAAUUUCCCUCCUCCUCUUCCCCCUUGGAGGAUCAGGUCCAUCUCUGUGCCCGCCCAUGAAUGUGGGCCCCCAGCCCCUGGGAAAUGGACAUCAGCAUCCAGAACAUCCUGAGCUUUUGCUUUGGACGCUUUCUAGGGUCCAAGAACAGCCAGCCUUUCCUGCCCAAGACUGAAGGCCCUCUGCUGCAAAUCAUGGGCCGCCCCCCAUCAGAGGCAGAAGAUGCCCUUUUGGAGAAUGAAAUCCUCCCAGACAGCAUGCCAUGCUUCCUAGAGGGAGACAAUAUGAGCAGCACAGACAGGGACCAGAAUCCUUGGGAUGUGGUAGUAUCCCCUGACGGGGAGGGAUCCACAGGGGUCGUGGACAGAAGCAAGCUGCUGUGGGAGUCCAGCCUCACUCCCAUCUCUGAGGCCCUGGGGGCCCCAAGCACAGAGCACCCUGCUAGCUGUAACUGUGGGCAGCUGGGCCCCAUAGCGCUCUUCUCUCUCCCGGAGGCCACAGAGUCCAUGCCAUGCAACUCCCCCCAGGGUCUGUUGUCUGCCCACCACAGACAAAAUGAUUGGAGGAUGGACACAGAAGAGAGGAAGGACAUCGGGGAACUGAUGAGUUCCUUCUCAUUGAGGCCUGACUCUGCCAGACAGCUGUGGCUUAAGACUCAUGUGUGCCAGGCAUAUUACGGAACUACAGAGGCAGGCCAGCCCACACCAGGAUACUGGGGCCCUCCUCAGCCUUUCAUUCACGCAGACCCUGGUGAAGCAAGGGUCCUUCAGCCACCUCAGCUACACCUGGGUCCCACACAAGGGUGUGCAAGCCUGAAGCCUUGUUAUGAAUGGUCAGACACACAGGCACUUACAGACAUGAACAUACACAUAGAAAAGUCAUCUCAAAUACUUCAGCAUGAGCACAUACAUAAAAAACAUUUUCGCAUGAAAACAGACACAGACCUAGGCCAUCCAACCUUUUAAUCCCCUCAAAGUUUUCUGUCCUGCAGUAAUACCCUGGGGAUGGACUGGAGGAUCCUGUGGGGGUCAGGGGAAUGCUUCCUGGGAUUUGGAAAAAAACAAGCGUCCAAUAAAAGCUAAAAGACCCCCGUC